GCAGGAAACCUCCGAGCGGUGCCGGUGUUCGGCGGCCAUGGUGCGGCUUUACGACUUGCACCCGUUCGGGUCGCAGAGAGUAGUGCCCUGCAAGCAGGAGCCGGCGCAGUUCUGCCGCGGCCGCGACGUGCUGUUCGUGGCCAGCGCGGCGGCCAGCUGCGGGGUGGAGGUGUUCGCCGUACGCCGCGAGGGCCGCUGCGAGCCCUUGGGCUCCUUCGCCACCCUGGGCCCCGUGCUGCGCAUGGCGCACAGCCGUGCAGGAGACUAUUUGGUGACGAUUGAAGAGAAAAGCAAAGCAACUUUCCUAAGAGCUUAUGUGAAGUGGCGAUGCGUGUCUGCAGGCAGUUCUCGUUUUUGUGUCCGGAUGGUGGGUCACAAGAUGGAGGAGUCGUACACCGAAACCUUAAAAGAGCAGAUGUCGAUAGUGGAAAUGGCACUUUCAGAUCCUCCGCUGUGUAUUUCAUGUUGUCCUGUAAAUGGAGAUCUUCUUGUGGGCUGCAGGAAUAAGCUAGUCAUGUUCUGUUUGAAAUACCUGGUCAUAAACCAGAAUUUGACAGUAUUGGACUUUGAACGCUCCUUAAUUUUACACACUGAUAACUUCAUUCCUGCCGAAGUUGCAUUUUGCGCUAGGCACAUAGCGAUAACAACAGAGUUGGAUGUUCUAAUCCUGAAACUGGACCUGAUCCAGCAUAGUGAAGACAGGGGAGAGCAAUGCGCAUAUCAAGUUAGUACAACAGAAAAGCUGGUGGAUGGAGGUAUAAAAGAUGAAGACCUUGCAGCUCAUAGUUUGCAGCUUGAAUUAGAUGAGUUUGUCACAUGUCAGAAGCCAGUGGAACUGCUUGGGGAAGAAAGUAAGCUUUGUAAGAUACCCAUCACACUUGAGUCCACAGAGUUGUCUACAGAAGGCAAAAAGCGCUUUCAAGUGCAGUAUCUCCUUUUCCGGCAUUUUACACCAGACCAGUCCCCUUUUGGCUUUUGUGAAGAGACGAAGCUGCACUCUGUUCAGUUCCUCCCUGUUCACCAGACAGGGAGUUCUAUGACAGCAAAAGAGGAAACUGAGAAGAGAGGACUACUGAGUCUCUUCUGCUUUUUUUCUUUGCCUCAUGUUGGAUAUCUCUACUCUGUUGGGAAGUUAGUAGAACUGAUUUCUACUUACCAGUACUCGGAGAGGUCAGAGCAGGCAGUUCUUACUCCACAGUUCCUGCAUGUCAUUACAAGUUUUUCUUUCCUCUUUGUGAGAGCCUGCAGUGUUACACAGUGCGGUGCAGUGCAGCAGCAGCUCGCGAUGAAGAUCCAUGCAUUGAUACAACUUUCCAGAAAGGCUGAUAACAACAGAUCCAGAACCAUUUCUGAGUUGGAGCCUGGCUGGAAUUUGUAUAUUAUAAACACUGUUUCAACCAUCCAACUUUACAGAGAAAUGGUAGAUUAUAGUAGAACUUAUGAAAAUGUAAGAACUGAGAGUUGCAUCCAUCUCCUAAGCAAGGCUCACUUACUAGUCAGAGCAGCAAUAAUGGACCCUAGUUUCUUUAAAUCAGAUGACAAAGAAGAACUUCUGAGAGCAUUCAGAGAAAGUUGUGCCUUCUUAGGAGACUGCUACAGCAGGUUUGACACAAAGGAUUACCACCUGGCUUUGCCAUACUACCGAAUGUCAGGUUUGUCUGUGGCUGAAGUUUUGGAGCGGCUAGCUUCAGAAAGUGAUGAAAUACAGACCUAUGAAAGAGGAUUAAUAUUUUAUUUAACUCACUCUCUUAAUGAAGAAUUAAAUGAAGAAUUAAGCAAGGAAUUGGCAGAUAAAGUUCUCCGAAUAUUCUAUCUUGCUGACCCUACGCAGCUGCCUCAUAUCAUCUGCAGUCCCUGCAUGAAGAAUGUAUGUCCUCUGACAGCUGUGAAGUAUCUUUGUGAAGUGGAAGACAUUAUGCCAUCAGUGGUCCUUAUGCUUACUAAGGCUUUCAUGGCUCUGAAAAUGGGAGACCUUACAAUGUACGAAUGUGAGAUGAACUCCCACAAGGAGACAAUGCUGGCCUGUGGCUUCAUUGGGCAACCAAAACUCCUGAGAGAGUGUAACGAAGGAAUUGUUAUUCCAACUGAAUUUGCUGUUCACCUGAAGGUGAUGCAACCUGGAUUACUGGUGGCUGCCACUGUGGCUUUACAUGAGAACAGUAAAAUCGAGCUGGAAGAAGCAGAUAUGUUUUUCAAGAUGUUAUGUAAUAAUGGUGAAGACAUGGUUCCUCAACUUUUGGUAGAUUUCUGGGAAGCUCUUCUUGUAGCAUGCUCUCAGGAAGAAGUACUUCAGGAGCUCUUAUUGAGGGUUACUUAUCAGUAUGUUUGGAGGAUAUCAAAGAAGCAACUCCCUGAGACUAAACCACUGAAAACAACUGAGGAUCUGAUAAACUCCUGUGAUCAUUUUGGGUCCAUUUUCCCAUGGGUUACUUUCAUAAUGUCAAUGGAAUCUCCACUUGAUAAAGAUUGUCCUGAAGAUAUUUCAAAGCUACAGUCCAUUUUAUGUGGUCAGUCAAUAGAUACAACUGCAGCUCUGCCUAUCCUGGAGCCUCUGGCAGAGGCUGGCAAUGUUGGCCUCACCGUUCGUGUUCUCUGCAGUACCCGUCUGGGCAAGCACGAGGAGUCCAUUGACCAGCUCCUCAGACAGUGUCCUGCUGCUGCUGUGUUGUACGCUCAGCAUGAGCUGAAAGAUGACAGUCGGGCUGUAUUGUGGAACAAGCUGCUCCCAGAACUUUGUGAGAGAACCAGACUUACCAGAAGUGACUGUCCUGUUCUUAUUUCAUCACUAAAAGAAAUCCUAUCAGUAGUUGCAAUGGAACUGGAACUAUGGGAUUUCCUUAGUCUUCUACCAGAAGAUGGAACUGCACCAUUUUUCCUGCCACAUCUUCUUCACUGUAGCCAAAGGAAACAACUGAUGUAGACACAAUGAAAGUAAGCCUAUGCGUUCACAUACCAGGAAUGUGCUGGAAUAAAAAAAGAACAUGAA